UACUUACUCGUAUAUACAUAUACAAUAUAUUUAAAAAAAAUAAAUAAUUGAAAAUGAAGAAUGAAAAAAUUGGAAUUAUCGGCAGCGGCCUCAUCGGACGCGCCUGGUCUAUGCUCUUCGCCUCUGCCGGCUACCAAGUAAUGUUGUACGAUAUACUACCCGAACAAACAACCACCGCCUUGGAAGAGGUAGAGAAGGAACUCCAUGCGCUUCAUGCUAAAGGUGCACUUCGUGGCACACUCGGCCCAGUCGAACAAUUUAAAUGCAUCAGCGUCACCAUCGACAUACGCGAGCUGGUGAACAAUGCCAUCUAUCUACAGGAAUGCAUACCGGAACGUAUUGAAAUGAAACGCGCACUCUAUACGCAACUGGCUGAAAUUGUGGGUCCGCAAACGAUUAUGGCCAGCUCCACGAGUACUUAUAUGCCGUCAUUAUUCAGUGAACAAAUGCCGAAAAAUCGAGAGAAUGUCGUUGUGGCACAUCCUCUCAAUCCACCCUACUAUAUACCGCUUGUUGAAAUAGUACCCGCACCCUGGACUAAACCGGAGGCUGUGACUCGCACACGUCAACUCAUGCUUGAGAUUGGACAAAAACCGGUAACACUCUCCCGCCAAAUAGAGGGGUUCGCCACAAAUCGCAUACAAUAUGCCAUACUCAAUGAGGUGUGGCGUUUGGUCGCCGAUGGUGUGGUGAGUGUAGCCGAUGUGGAUCGUGUAGUGACUGAGGGCUUGGGCUUACGUUAUGCUCUGUUGGGUCCGCUCGAGACAGCACAUUUGAAUGCUGAUGGCGUAGCUGAUUACUUUCAACGAUUUGGCGGUGAAGUUUAUGCUGUAAGCCAAACUUAUGGCCCGACACCAAAAAUGGAACCGGGUGAGACCUUGACGAAGAUUGCCGCUGAAUGUGAAGAAAUGGUGUCGAGGGAGCAACUGAAGGUGCGUCGCGAGCAACGCGAUCAAUUCUUGCGAGAGCUCGUUGCGCUCAAGAAGCAAUUGGAGUGAGAGGAUGUCAGGGAGGACAGAUGAUGAUGUACGGACUUGGCUAGGUGAAGAAAUUUUAAAUAAUAUAAAAUAUUUGUAAAGAAAAUUGAAGCAAAUUAAAGCAAACAAAUAUUACUUUGCUAUCAAAUAACCAAAUAAAACUCGCAA